CUUCCGUCGAGUCGAGUCAAGCGCUUCCGUCUUGUUACCCGUAGGUCUAUACUAUUGUACACUAACCUUCACGCUGCCGUACUGCUGUAGAAACGUUAGACGUUGGGGCGCAUUUUUAGCGAAGACAAUCGUGUUUCCUAUUGGAUUUCAGUGGUGUCGAUUUCUGACAUUUAGCACGCAACCAAAAGGCAGUAGCGCCAAACCAUCAACGUCGUCGAGGAGAGGAGAGAAAUCCGAUCUGGAGCAGCGCAACGUAUUGCGGUUUGGUUGUGCAGGUUGUCGAGUGUUUCGUUUUGUUGAAUACCAACCAGCCAGCGAGCGUCGGUUAGAAUCCUCCCACCAGCGAGAACCAUCAACAGUAUAGAGAAGAAGAGUAUCGCGACAUCAAACUGGCCCGGAUGUCAAUUCCAUCGAUCUGUCGCCGCUCGUCGUCCGUCUCUACUGAUGGAAUAGAAGCGGGCCGGAUAAGCGCGACCCACCUCUUGUAGACGGGAGCGUGCGUGCAUGAACCAAGGAGCCGAGCGUGUGCGGACUUCCGGCUCCGAGAAAAUAAAUAAAUAAAAAAACCAGUGAACCCUUGAAAGAAAAGAAAGAAAAAGAAAAACCUUUUGUGAAAGUUGCUCCGCCACACAGCAGCAUCUAUUAAGCCUAUUGCAUUUAUUCUCUGUCCACCAGCAAGUGAAGUGACCGUGAGUGUUCGGCUGCUGUGUUGUGUGGUCCUAUAAUAACAUAUAGACUCUGUUGGGUUCUCCUCUUUGGGCGCGGAGAGUUGGGUUACUUUGGCAACCGCCGGCCGGCGGAAGAGGCCCGUGAAGGGACGACGGAAAAGGGGAGCGACAGUGACACGCAAGAGGACAAAGCCGAUCCCGUCACAAGAGGAAUACUAGACGGACGGAUAUAUACAGCAGUAUAGAGGGGGUGUAUAGCUGAGAAGUUGUGAGCGAGAGCGAUGGAAAUCCCCAUGACGACGGCCGUCGUUAAUGGCAGCAGCAGCAGCAGCAGGAGCUCAAGAGUCGAAAAGAUGCUGAUGUCGGACGGGCAGAGCCGAGUGGGACGUAACGGCGUCGUCGUCGUCGCCCGUGACGUCGCCUGUGUCUUCUCGGCCUGCCGUCGCUGCAACUACUCCCGCGGGACGAGUGCCGUCGCCGCCAGCAGGAUGGGAGGAUCAAGGCCUGGGGCAACAAGGCAGUCGACAAGAGCCAGGACCGGAGAAACAGAAGCCGAAAGUGAUGCGGGAAGGAGAAGAAUCAGCAACGACGUCGGGUGGUGCCCGCCAGCAACAGCAGCAGGAACAGCCAAGCCGCGACGACGGCGACGGCAGAUCCUUCACAACGUCCUGACCCUUUUGCUCUUGGCGCUGGCGGCCUGUCGACCGUGUCACGCUCACGAUCGUGAGCUUUCCGACACGGACGAUGAAGAUGGGAACGGAGCCCACGGCGUAGACAGCGUUCAACCGCCAGGUAAGGCGACUGAUGAUUGUUAGAUAUAUUAUAAGACCAUGGAUAUGCUGGUCUCCAAAUAAUAUUAGAGACGGAUCGACGAAUCCAAUCCAAUCAAGAGCACAAUCCGCGCACGCUUUAUUAUUAGAUACUAUACCUAUACCUGGUAUCUGCCUUAUACACCACGCACGACCAAAUGUGUCAACAAGCAGCACAAGAAACUGCGAUGUUCCAGCAUGCGCAUUCGAAUCUAUUAUAAUGCCGUAUCAUCAAUUUUUUUGCAUAUAAAAUUUCGAUUUAAAUCAUUAUUGCCUAUUUUUAAAAAAAUAAAACAAGCAUUAAAAUCUAGAUAAACUUGCACAACUUUAGCCUAUGACGAUUUGAAAUCUAGUGGUGCCCCCUGGUGGCAUCCAUAGCGGAUCCCGCAUUUUAGCCCCCUAUGGGCAGACGAUGACGAUGACGAUGACGAUGACGAAUUAUGCCGGCCCGUAAUAGGGCUUAUUCACAUCGCGAAAAUUCAACUUCCAGAAAUCUAGCAACGCAUGCGUUUUGUAGUUUUUUCCGUUUACAUGGAACAUGGCAAAGGCCAUAAGAAAUCUAAGUGGCUUCAAUAAAAAUAAUCCAGUGUUUUUAAUUCGGAAUAUUUCUUCAAAAGAAUUUCACAGUGCUCUAGGUAAGAUAUUGGUCGUUAAUUUGAUGUAUAAUUUACUAGGACUUAAAAAUUUUUUAGGGCUAAAAAUUUAAAUGUUAAAC